AUGUCUAUUCAAACUUCCGGUAAUAAGCAGAUAGAUUACCUACCUAUUGAACAGAUCUUAAGACCCAUUCCUCCAGUAUUGGACUACUGUAAGAUCGACGCUAUGGUAUCCACAUUAAAUGGAGUCCCUAAAGAAUCUUCCACAUGCAAGUUGGAAAAUAUAACGGCUGGUGAGUUACCUCCUGUUGAUGUUCUCUGUGUGUCUGAUAAGGGUAAAAAGUAUUACUUUGCAUUCGGAGGCUGCCACCGAUUUCAAGCCUAUGAGAAGACCAAGACAGCUAAAGUCAGAUGCAAAAUCGUUCCAUGCACUAAAUCCAUGCUUAAGAUUUAUUUGGGUUCAUCCGUCGAUAAUUUCUUUGAAUAG